GCGCGGGGCUGGUGGCGGCGGUGGGGAGCGGAGGAUGCUGGAGAUGGCGGCGGCGGUGGGAAUUCUCCUGUAGUGCUGCCGCUCUGUGCCUUGUCUCGGGCCGCGCCUGAGCGAGGAACUCCUGUGAGGAAACGGGGCUGCCGCCCCGGGGCGGCUCGGACUGCGCCGUGCCAGGGAGCGUUCGCCUCCCGCCUAAUAAAGAAGAAUGUCCUUGUUUAAAGCUAGAGACUGGUGGUCCACCAUACUUGGAGAAAAGGAAGAAUUUGACCAAGGCUGUCUGUGUGUUGCUGAUGUUGAUAAUAGUGGCAGUGGACAAGAUAAAAUUGUUGUGGGCAGUUAUAUGGGAUAUCUCCGAAUAUUUAAUCCACAUCCUGUGAAACCUGGAGAUGAAGUACAACCUGAAGACUUACUCUUGGAAGUGCAGUUGCAAGAACCAAUAUUGCAGGUGGAAGUAGGAAAAUUYGUUUCUGGUACUGAAGCACUUCAUCUGGCUGURUUGCAUUGCCGAAAACUCUGUGUGUAUGCUGUUUCAGGAACUCAGGGAAAUGUGGAGCAUGGGAACCAGUAUCAGAUCAAACUGAUGUAUGAGCACAAUCUUCAAAGAACUGCUUGUAAUAUGACUUAUGGUCCAUUUGGUGGUGUAAAAGGUCGAGAUUUGAUCUGCAUACAGUCCAUGGAUGGGAUGCUCAUGUUGUUUGAACAAGAAAGUUACGCUUUUGGCCGGUUUUUACCUGGUUUUCUUCUGCCUGGUCCCUUGGCUUACAGCUCUCGCACAGACUCUUUCAUUACAGUGUCUUCUUGUCAACAGGUUGAGAGUUACAAAUACCAAGUUCUGGCAUUUGCGACAGAUGCUGAUGAACGACAAGACACAGAACAGCAAAAACUCAGUUCUGGAAAAAGACUUGCGGUGGAUUGGGUUUUAAACAUYGGAGAGCAAGCACUGGAUAUAUGCAUCGUCUCAUUUAAUCAGGGAGUUUCUUCUGUUUUUGUGCUUGGUGAGAGAAACUUCUUUUGCCUUAAGGAUAAUGGGCAAAUACGAUUCAUGAAGAAGCUUGAUUACAGUCCAAGUUGCUUCAUUCCUUACUGUUCAGUGCAAGAAGGAACAAUAAACACUUUAAUGGCWAACCACAAUAAAAUGUUGAAUGUUUAUCAAGAUGUUACAUUGAAAUGGGCCACUCARCUUCCCCACAUUCCUAUAUCAGUAAAAGUAGCAAAUUUUCAAGACUUGAAGGGUGUUAUAGUCACUCUUAGUGAUGAUGGGCAUCUUCAAUGUUCAUAUCUUGGAACUGAUCCUUCACUCUUCCAGGCUCCUAAGGUUGAUUCUAGGGAAAUAAACUAUGAAGAAAUGAAUGCUGAAAUGAAAGAGCUUCAGAAAAUCAUCAGGGAGGCCACAAAAACACAAGAUAUUUUACCUGAAUCUGAAAAGCAGAGAGAUGUAACUGUCACAGCAGAAGUUUCACCUGAUUUGGAUGARGAAUCUCAAGCCAUUGACAGUGAAGUAAAAGCAGGGGCAGUACCAUCAGUCACAGUAAAGGUAACAAUACAGAGCAAAGCGGCUGUGCAGAAGCCAAGCCUGGCAGUGUGUGUGCAAGCUCCGUUAGCAGUGACCUGUGACCAGUUUGUCUUUGACGAUUUAGAACCAGAUUCAUCUGAAACUGUGGUCCUAUCUGUCUUUUUGAAGGAGAAUUGUUCUCCAUCAGAACUWGAAGGAACUUGUAUGGUUUCAUAUAAUAUAUCAACAGAGCUCAAUCCGGAAGGAAUACCGAGAGUUGCACAGUGUAACUUCACUCUGCCUUUGAAGUUAGUUUGCUUUCCAGCUCAACCUUCAAAAGCAGCAAACCACAAGCUAACUAUUGAUACCAACAAACCUCCCAUCAGUUUUGCCACCAUUUUCAGAGAUUUUGUUGAUUCGUCUGAGGGUGACUCGGCAAAUGCUCUGGGAUUUCAGUUUUUAACAGGUUCAAAAACCACUCUUCUUGCUUCAAAAACAUCACAACGAUACAGGAUUCAGAGUGAUCAGUUUGAAGACCUUUGGCUGGUAACGAAAGAGCUCAUACACCGACUAGAAGUACAUUUCAAGAAGGAAAACUGCAAGGAUUUUGCAUGUACCUUUUCUGGUUCAAUUCCCCUGCAAGAAUAUUUUGAACUAAUUGAUCGACAUUUUGAGCUACGUUUGAAUGGUGAGAAACUUCAGGAGCUGUUAUCUGAAAGGGCUGUACAAUUUCGAGCUAUUGAGCGGCGACUGCUGACACGAUUCAAAGACAAAACUCCAGCUCCUCUUCAACAUCUGGACACCUUGCUAGAAGGAACAUUCAGAGAGGUAAUAGCUCUAGCAGAUGCAGCUGAAGAAAAUCAAGCCAACAUGUUCCAGGCAUUUGCAAAGUUGAAAAGUGCCACCCAUCUGGUGAUUAUGCUAAUUAGUUUGUGGCAGAAGCUCAGCCCUGAUCAAGUUGCUAUUUUGGAAGCUACGUUUUUGCCAUUAGCAGAAGAUACACAAGAACUGGGUUGGGAAGAAACKGUGGAUGCUGCGGUCUCUUACUUGCUAAGAACUUGUUUGUCAAAGAGCUCCAAGGARCAGGCCCUGACUCUCAGCAGCCAGCUGUCCAUGCCCAAAGAUACCAGCAGGCUGAAGAAGAACAUCACUGUCUUCUGUGACAGAUUGGCCAAAGGCGGUCGCCUUUCAUUAAGUACAGAUUCGGCCACUCAGCAAGCUUCUGUCAUGCCAGGUGGCUGUGCUACAAUCCCAGAGUCUGAUUUAGAGGAAAGGACCAUUAUACCGGGCUCCACACCAAUGUUUUCCAGUGACGGGCAGAYCACAAAGCAGAAAUCUAAGCCUGGCUUGUCUGAGGAUGCAGCAGAGGAAACAAAAAGCCACGAACUCUGAAGACAACCCUCAGGAGGAAUUUCUAUCUGAUGCCAGAUGCAUUUAUAAUUCAGCAGUACCAAUCCAUUUUACUUUGUACUGAUUGCAGCUUCCAGGAGAGGACUGUGCUAAUUUAUAUGAAAACAAAGAAGUUCCACUCUAAUAAUUUGGUUGGGUCUCCCUGCCAACUACUAGCAUCCUGAGCAAACUGAGCAAAGUUAAAAUACUUACCCAACUGUGGUAGGGGUGUUGUGUUGUGUUUUGAGAUAUAUCAUCCCUUUCUAAGGAUUCAGUUGAUUGAUCAAAGACUGUUUACACAUAGUUAAAAGCAACCUUUGUUUCCGGAUAUGUUUUGUCUUUUUAAAAAAGAUAUUCUGAACUGCACCUCCCUUUGAGAUUGUAUUAACAUUUGUUAUAUCACAGUUUUGACAAAAGAUAACUAUCUCGUUUCCUCCUGUAUUAACAUUCACCAUUCCAGACAGCUGAAUUCACCACCAGGAGAAAAACUGGUAAUCCAUCACCUCUUUGUCCCCCUCUCUCAUUGCUUAUACAGACUCCUGCUCUCUAGAGAUACAGAGUAAAAUAUGGUUACUGGACAUAAAGGGCAAACCCUUUUGCCAUUAACCAUGUUGCUAUGAAUGGGAAUAAAGUUUACACUCUAAAAGUACCUUGAGCACAGCAACACAUGGAUCUUUUUAUGGUUACCUGUGAUUUCUAUUUUUCUUGUCAAUCAGACAAUUCUAGUUUUGGGUAAGAUUUUCAAAAGUAACUAACAAUUUUUGAGUGCCUUAAUUUUUAUUAAUCCYGUUGGAGGCUGCUUUGAGUGUUGUGUACUUAGAAAGUGCUGAGUAUUCACCUUCKGAAGGUCAGGUCCAUGCAAGGUGCCUGAAAUGCAGCACCCAACAACUGAGGCAAACUGAGAGGAACUAGAGUUUGGAAGAGUCAGGCUCGUGUCUGGGUUUCUGAGAGUGAAUUGAGAUAUUCCUGUAAUAUACUUGGAACUGAAGAUUAGUGAGACCUGGAUGCAGUGUACAAACAGCCAUUUGAAGGAGGCCUUUCCUGACUGUUGCUAGCUCAUACCAAAAUACAAGAUGCAGUCUCUUGGAUGGCAGUUCCAAAAUGCACUGACAGCCCCAGUUUAGUUUGUGGUAGAUACAAGUGCAUGAGCCAUCUCCACAUCCCACACUCCUUUUGGUUCCCUCAACAGGGGUUCACCAGCUCCUGUUCCAGCUGUUGUGAAG